AGGUGGACAAUGGCCGUGCCGGGCGACGUGGACGAGGGCGAACAUAGCUCCAUGGUGAAGGCCAUGCUACCACUUAUGAAGAGGGCGCUGACGUCCACGAACCCAUCUGUGGUACAGGCCUCUUUGGACUCCCUCAAGCGCAUGGAGCUAAUGUUCGAUCGGGGCGCGAUGGACCCGCACGUCGAGGCGCUCGCGGAGGUGCUCGAGAGGCAGUGCGUUCUGCCGGGUGGCGCGGCGCGCGCAGGCUCCAUCCUGGAGACCUUCGGGGCGCUCCUGUCCUCCGACGCCGCGUCUGCGCUGCGGCAGCGGCUCCCGCAAAUGCCGCCGCACGGGGCUGCUUCUUGAGGCCGCGUGGGUGCCCGGACGGCGCGCCGCUGGCGGGCGGCGCGGGACUUCUCGUCGUCAUCGUCCUCCACAUCUUCCUUCUCCUUCCUCCUCCUCCUCCUCCCCCUUAUUGUAUAUCAUUGUUCUCCGCUUGCAUGCGUCUUGCGCUUCGCGUCUAGGAUCCCCUCGUAGACAUGUAGCGACGCCUUUUGCGUCGCUUCAGCUAGUGCGUUGCCUCGCCGCCAGAGUCAGAUUUGAUUGCUGGGAGCGACGGUCGCGGUGGCAUCCGUGGUUCUGGACCAUAAUUCGGUUCGCGCUCCGCAUUCCAUGAGCUUUCUCCUGACGUCUGUUUUCUGGUGUCAGGGCUUGCAGUUGUUCUGUUCGUGCGCCAUCUGCAUAUUUGCCUGUCAUGCGAGUGUCCCCGUGUGCCCACGCCGUCAGUGUGGCGUUCGUAGGCACACUGGCGCUCACCGGCACGGUGCGGUGCUCGCGGACCAUUGGUGGCGCC